AGAAUUACCAAGACUUACCUGCUCAACGUGUAGUUUAGCGUUCUAGUUUUAUAGAGAUCAGGGUUCACGUACUGAUCGAUUAACGAUGCAAGCCCUGAAGCCAUCGUCUUCCAAGCUCACCCUGAUCGUUGCUAGUGUCGUGUUUCUUCUUGGGCUGGCAGGCGUCGCUCAUGGUGGCAGGAGGCUCAUCUCCAGCCACGACGACAACAAGCCGUGCAAGAAGAUGACGGUCUACUACCACGACAUCCUCUACAACGGGAGCAACAACACGGCGAACGCGACGUCGGCGGCGGUGACGAAGCCGUCGGCGGCGCUGAGCAGGUCCAACUGGAGCAACGGCACCUUCUUCGGCAUGCUCGUGGUGUUCGACGACCUGGUGACGGAGGAGCAGGCGCUGACGUCGGAGCCGGUGGCGCGCGCGCAGGGCUUCUACCUCUACGACAAGAAGGAGGCGUACAACGUGUGGAUCGCCUUCACCCUCGUCUUCGACUCCAAGGCGUACAAGGGCACCCUCAACCUCAUGGGUGCAGACCUCAUGGCCGAGGAGACACGGGACCUCUCUGUCGUCGGUGGCACCGGUGAUUUCUUCAUGUCGCGGGGCGUCGCCACGCUGAGCACCAAUGCCACCGAGGGUUACUUCUACUUCCGCCUCAAGAUGGACAUCAAGCUCUACGAGUGCUACGUCGCCUGAGAUCAGAUCUCACUACUCGCUCGUCUAAGAGUAUACAGAGAUGCACGGGUGUCUUCACUGAUUAAGUGCAAGCAUGUUUAGUUUUAUGUGUUAAAAUGUGGUUUUGAUUUCAUUUCUUGUUGUGAUGGAUUAGUUACACGUGUGUAUGUUUACUAGUGUUAUGUGUUGACAUCAUGCAUGUUUAGUUUUAUGUGUUA